ACACAUCGCCCGGGUGUGUCGGGCUCGACUCACCCGUCGACAAGCAUCAGAUGACCGACCCAGGAGCCCCAGGUCACACGGCACCAUGCACCAAGGCAACUCGACGGAGAUCACGGACUACCAGGUAUUCCAGUUGCCCCAUCCCAGCACAGAGAAAAUUUAUAUAGAGGUACAGAUAGAGGGAGCCCCAUGCCGCAUGGAGCUGGACACGGGUUCAACUCUAUCCAUAAUCUCGGCCCGAACAUUAAGGGAACUGUGCCCUAAUGGGGGUCCCAAACUAAGGCCGGCCCCAUUCACCCUCCGGGACUUCCAGAAACGUAAGGUCCCUACAAUGGGGGUGGGGACCUUCAGGGUGCAAUAUCGAGGGCGAAAGCAACAAUUGGACUUGCUGGUAGUUAAGGGCCCCUACGUUAGCUUACUGGGACUGGCAUGGUUUGGACCUCUGGGGCUAGCCGUUACCGGGGUGAACCGCACUAGCUUACAAGUGGACGUGGACGCCAUAUGCAAAGAGUUUCCAGGGGUUUUCGAUGGGGCAUUGGGACGAUAUACAGGACCCCCCAUUGCCCUACAGCUAGACCCCGCUGUACGACCCAUCAGGCACAAGGCCCGCCGGGUCCCGUUCGCCCUGAAACCCCGCAUAGACGAGGAAUUGGACCGGCUCGUGGAGCAAGGAGUGCUGGAGCCGGUGCCCAACGCCCCCUGGGAAACUCCAAUUGUCACACCCGUCAAGCCUAACGGUUCGGUCCGCAUCUGUGCAGACUACAAAUGCACCAUAAACAAGGCUCUCACGGCCCAUGCAUACCCAGUGCCAGUGGUCAGCCAUGUCCUCGCCACCCUGGCUGGGUCAAAAAUCUUUGGCAAACUGGACUUGGCCCAAGCGUAUCAACAGUUGCCUGUGGACGAAGCCACAGCAGAGGCUCAGACGAUUGUGACGCACAGAGGGGCAUUCAGAGUAAAGCGGCUGCAAUUUGGCGUUAGCGUGGCACCAGGCAUAUUCCAGAAUCUAAUGGACUCUCUCCUUAAAGGGAUUCCUGGCGUCACCCCCUUCUUCGAUGAUGUACUGAUCGCCGGGCCCACACCAGAGGAAUUUGAGGACCGCCUCCGCUCCGUCCUGCACCGUUUCCAGACGGCGGGCCUCAAGGUGAAGCGGGAAAAGUGUUUACUGGGAGUGCCGCAGGUGGACUUUCUGGGAUUUAAGGUGGACGCAGAAGGGGUCCAUCCAACCGGUGACAAGGUACGGGCCAUUUGUGAGGCCCCAGCGCCCAAGAGCAAGCCCGAACUUCAGUCAUUCUUGGGACUAUUGAACUUUUACCAUGCCUUCCUUCCCCAUAAGGCAGCGGUAGCGGAGCCCCUACACAGACUCCUAGAUAAAAGGGCCCCUUGGGUGUGGGGCCAGCGACAAAGGGCCGCAUUCCAGGCAGUCAAGGACUUGCUCGUCUCGAACUCGGUCUUGGCACACUUCGACGAGAGGCUGCCAGUGGUGCUGGCAUGCGACGCCUCUCCCUAUGGCAUCGGCGCUGUCCUGGGACACCAACUCCCGGAUGGAAGAGAGGUGCCGGUGGCAUACUUCUCCCAGACGCUUGCUGCAGCCGAACGAAACUACUCACAGAUUGACAAGGAGGGUCUGGCAAUCGUGAAGGGCGUAAAAAAAUUCCAUGAUUUCUUGUACGGGCGGCCCUUUACCAUAGUGACUGACCACAAGCCGUUGCUUGGCCUGUUUGCCCCCGAGAAGCAGACCCCCCAAGUGUUGUCUCCACGUGUCCUCAGGUGGUCAAUUUUCCUUGCCGGCUACCAGUAUGCACUAAUCCACCGCCCUGGGAAGGCGAUGGGCCACGCAGACGCACUCAGCAGGCUACCACUACCAGAAACAGGCCCCGACCCAGCGCCUGCGCAAGAGGUUAUGACCCUGGAGCUGCUUCCCGACCGACCCAUUCAGGCACAAGAAGUUGCGCACCAUUCCACAAAAGAUAGGGUCAUCUCCCGGGUCCUGGACUGGGUGUGGCGAGGAUGGCCCAGCAGCAGCCCCGGGCCAGAAUUCGCUGGCUACACAAACCGCAAACAUGAACUGUCGGCCCACAAGGGGUGCCUGUUAUGGGGAAGCAGGGUUGUUGUUCCCCAGCCCCUCCGCAAAAGGGUCCUCACAGCCCUACACGAGACACACCCAGGGGUAGUGAGGAUGAAGGCCCUUGCCAGGAGUUAUGUGUGGUGGCCGGGGAUUGACAGAGAGAUAGAGGCCUGGGUCCAACACUGCCAGACCUGCCAAGAAUCCCGCCCGGAUCCCCCAAGGGCCCCAGUCCAGCCCUGGGAGUCCGCCCGACAUCCAUGGUCACGCUUGCACGUGGACUUCGCUGGCCCCUUCCAGGGAAAAACAUUCUUCAUAGUGGUGGAUUCCUACACCAAAUGGCUGGAGGUCGCACUGGUACCGUCCACUUCUACGGCGGCAGCCAUCCGGGUACUACGUAAGCUGUUUGCAACCCACGGGCUCCCUGACACCCUCGUCUCGGACAAUGGAACCGCAUUCACGUCAGAGGAGUUCCAGACCUUCACAGCGCAGAACGCCAUCCGCCACAUCCGCUCAGCACCAUUCCACCCUGCCACCAAUGGCCAAGCGGAGCGCAUGGUGCGGACCACCAAGGACAGCCUCCGCCGCAUAACACAAGGGGACUGGGAAUACCGCCUUGCCGCAUUUCUUCUAGCACAGCACAGCACCCCAAGCACAACGACGGGCCGGAGCCCAGCUGAACUACUCAUGGGCCGGCGCCUUGCAACUAGACUGGACCGACUUCACCCCGACAGAGCUCAGGAUGAGGUAGUGGUGGGGAAAGGCAGGAACCCCCGGACAUUUGUGGCCCAGGACCCAGUGUAUGCAAAGAAUUUUGGCAACCAGUCAGGAACGACUGACAGCAUCCUGACACCAGGAUAUGGUGGGAGAUUGGUUGCCUUGGCCGGGGAAGAACAGCACCGAAGCCUCCUGGGGAGCGCCUUCCUGCCAGGCCCUGACCACAGUGCCUCGUCCUCCACCACCACCGCUGCCACGUCCCACUGCAGGCCCGCCGUACUUGCCACCUCCCCCUCGCUGGGAGGCCUCGAUGCUCCACCUCAGCUGAGCCAUCACUGCGCAAAGAGCCGUAGGGCCAGGAAGAGGAGAGCGCAGCCUCCGGAGAGGCUUCGCCACCAGCGUGCACACAGCGUGUGGAAAAGGAGAAGGAGGCGCAGUGCGACAGUGGGACCAGCAUAG